AUGUCCGCCUUCCUCUCUGGCGCUGGCGCAGAGUGUGGGCCCACCCCCGUCCUCAAGAAUGUCUCCCAGAGGGUCGACGUGGACCGCUCACUGCACCAGGACCGGUUCGCAGCUGGCCCCAGUAGUGCUCCCUCCAAGGUGAGAUACCAAGCUUUUGCUCAAUCACUAGCUAACAUGUUCGGCGCGGAACAGCUUGGUGGCCCAUCGCGCCCAUCACCGUUCGACCUCUCUUCCCUUCGACAACACAUCUUGCCGCCUGUCCCAAACAGCCAAGCUUUCCAAAGCCAACCGUCCAAUUGGGCGAUGGACUUUGUGCCCAAGCAACAAACAGGUCCCUCGCCACAGCGCGUACAGAGUCCCCCGGUAAGCUCUCCGUGGCAGACUGAAUUUUCAUCUUCCCCUUCCCUCUAUCAGAGACAAGGUCACACACUGCCUUCUAUCAAUGCAGGUCCUGCACCCUGGGAGAUACCUCCUCAGCAGUAUUGCUCAAUCGCUGUGACACAUGGGCAUGUCCUCCCACGAUAUUUCAGUCCCGGAGAAGCUCCGCAUGAGCAAUUCUCUCCCGCCUACCAGUAUCAGCCACCAAUAGAAGGGCACGCGGCGCAAUCUUCUGUCUCGCAAGAGAAAACAGCAUACCAAGAUCCGCUCAGUAAAGAGCAAGGCCUCUUGGCUGAGACAGCCCGCAACUUUGUCGACUCUUCCUCUUCGACAAUGUCUCAAAACCCAAAGUUGGCGCAAAGCAACUUUAUGGCACUGGUCCGCAGCAUUGCCGACGAGUCGACCGUCGUGAAAGAAGAUGAAAACUCGAGCCAGACGCUAAGGGAAGACAUGGUAGGGGAAGGCGCAAAGUUUGUCCAGCGGGGUGAAAAUAAUUGGGCGUCGAGUUUUGUGCAGGACAAGGGCAAAGCGAGGGAAGCCUCUAUGGAGGAUGAUGCCCAAAGACGUUCACCUUACCCAGAGGGCGACAAGUCGUACCCCGCACUUGGGUCUUGGCUCCCAGCGCUCCCGGGUCAUGCCCAAGCUCCCGUCAUGUCCAUCCCGCCUCCCCCAAACUGUCAAAUGCCUGCCGCACCCCCGGCUUUUGCAAAUAUCGGGGCUCAAGCCAGUCAUUCAAGCAAUGAACAAGACGGUGCAUGGGAACAGCAAUUCCGAGAUCAAGAAGCCCUACUCCAAUCCACCGAAACCCGCCGCAAAAGCGUACAUUUCGACUCUGAAACCAGCCUAGCCCCAGAAUCCAGCGGUGUACCAAACACCCUCGAGGAAGCCUUAGCCUCUAGAGUGGGCAACAUCCCCGGGUCGGGCUGGGGGUGGCACGAGUCGGGGCUCACUACGCCAGAGGGAUUCGAUGAAGAGACCUUUAAUCAUUUUGCUGGGGCUUUACGUUGGCAAAAGGAGGCUGCACCGGGGCAAUCGAUAAGCGAGCAAGAGGGAUGGAAUAGCUUGGCAGACGAGUGGGACGGCCUCGUUGAAAAGGAGAAUAUGAGGGAGAAGGUGGUGCAAGGUAUGGGCGUUGGCGAUAGGGAGGAGAGAUAUCUCUUUAUGAGAAAGAAUCCCUAUGCCGAAGGCGUACUCGAGGAGCAUGACUACGGAAUGGACGCCGAACAAGCCCGAAAUUCACCUACAAUCAAGAAUAUACUGGAACUGGAAGCCGCCGUCCAAUCCAACCCAACCUCUGCCAACGCAUGGUUCGCCCUGGGCCUCAAACAACAAGAAAAUGAGCACGAGGCACAAGCUAUCCUCGCCCUUUCCAAGACGAUCCAGCUCGACCCUUCUCUCCGAGACGCGUACCUCGCUUUGGCUGUGAGCUAUACGAAUGAGAGCGAAAGUGAAGCUGGGUGUACGAUGCUGGAGAGAUGGGUGGCGAUGGGGGAGGAGGCGAUGGGGUUGGCGGCAAAACCAGCCAGUGGGGGACGGGGAGUUCUGAUCGAGCGGUUGAUCGAUAUGGCGAGGAGCAGUCCGGAAGAAGUUGAUCCGGAUGUCCAAGUCGCGCUGGGUGUAAUGUUCAACAUGGUGGGAGGGGAAGAUUACCUCAAGGCUGAGGACUGUUUCCUGGCUGCACUGGCGGCCCGUCCAAAUGACUGGCUACUAUAUAACAGACUGGGAGCAACUCUGGCAAACAGCGGAAGGUCCAACGAAGCUAUCAGCUAUUAUCACAAAGCUCUACUCAUCCACCCCAGCUUUGUUCGGGCUCUGUUCAAUCUUGGUAUAGCAUACUUGAACUUGGGCCAAUACAAACCCGCCGCCCAAUCAAUAGUGGACGCUCUGAGGUUGCAGCACGCCGACGCGAGCGAGGGGUAUAGUUUUGCGCAGAGGGAAGGGGGUAUGGGCGGUGGGAGUAAGGGCGUGGGGAGUGAUGCUUUGUGGAUUAAUCUGAGGGGAGCCUGUAUACAUAUGAAUCGACAUGAUCUGAUGGAGAUCAUAGAACGCAAAGAUCUGGCUGCUUUGCCCAUGGAUUUUGUAGAUCAAAACUAG